AUGGUUAUCUCUCUCAGAUUGGGGAGUCUUGUUCUCCGCUCCUCCUCCUUAUCCACCAAACACACUGUCCGGUCCGCUGCGUUGGGCGGCCUGCGGUGCUACUCCUCUUCUAAAACUAAGUCCCUCAAGGAUACAUUUGCGGAGAAAAUUCCAGCUGAGGCUGAGAAGGUAAAGAAGCUUCGAAAGGACUAUGGGAGCAAGGUCAUAGGCGAAGUUACCCUCGGCCAAGUCUAUGGGGGUGCUCGUGGAAUCAAAUCGCUUGUUUGGGAGGGAUCUGUCCUCGACUCUGAGGAGGGAAUUCGCUUCCGGGGCAUGACUAUCCCUGAGUGCCAGAAACUUCUCCCCAAAGCCCCGGGGGGAGAGGAGCCUCUGCCAGAAGGUCUUUUCUGGCUGCUCUUGACCGGUGAGGUCCCAAGUGAGGAGCAAGUCCGCGCACUCUCCGCUGAAUGGGCGGCCCGAUCCGACGUGCCCAAGUUCGUUGAGGAGCUGAUCGACCGCUGUCCCUCCACUCUGCACCCCAUGGCGCAAUUCUCCCUGGCCGUCACCGCCCUUGAACACGAGUCUGCGUUCGCCAAAGCGUACGCCAAGGGCAUCAAUAAGAAGGACUACUGGCAGUACACCUUCGAAGACUCCAUGGACCUGAUUGCCAAGCUGCCCACCAUUGCCGCCAAGAUCUACCGCAACGUCUUCAAGGAUGGCAAGGUCGCUCCAAUCCAGAAGGACAAGGAUUACGGUUUCAACUUGGCCAACCAGCUCGGAUAUGGAGAGAACAAGGACUUUGUUGAGCUGAUACGCCUGUACCUGACCAUCCACUCUGACCAUGAGGGUGGAAAUGUCAGUGCCCACACCACCCACUUGGUUGGAAGCGCUUUGAGUUCUCCUAUGCUCUCUCUCGCCGCUGGUCUUAAUGGUCUCGCUGGUCCCCUUCACGGAUUGGCCAACCAGGAAGUUCUCGUGUGGCUUCAGAAGAUGAAAAAGACCAUUGGCAACAAUGUCAGCGACAAGGCUGUCACCGACUACCUCUGGUCCACCCUGAACGCUGGCCAGGUUAUCCCAGGCUAUGGCCACGCCGUUCUCCGCAAGACUGACCCCCGUUACACAUGCCAGCGUGAAUUUGCCCUCCGCAAAUUGCCCGAUGACCCGAUGUUCAAGCUGGUUAGCCAAGUUUACAAGAUUGCGCCUGGCGUCCUGACUGAGCACGGCAAGACGGCCAACCCACACCCUAACGUGGACAGCCACUCCGGAGUUCUCCUUCAAUAUUACGGUUUGACAGAAUCCAGCUAUUAUACCGUGUUGUUCGGUGUCUCUCGGGCCCUCGGAGUUCUCUCACAGCUAAUUAUCGACCGUGCACUGGGAAUGCCCAUCGAACGACCCAAGAGCUUUAGCACUGAGGACUAUGCCAAACUUGUUGGUGUUCAACUGUAA